AAAAAAAUGAAGAAGAAGAAGACGAAGAAGAAGAAGACGAAGAAGAAGAAGAACCAGUGUCGUUGAGUAAUUACUUUACCAAGAAAAUGGGAAGAAAAGUGACUCUUGCUACUUGUUCGUUGGAUCAGUGGGCCUUGGAGUUUGACGGCAACUUUGAGAGAAUACUGAAAAGUAUUGAGAUUGCCAAAGAACAUGGAGCCAAAUACAGACUGGGCCCAGAGCUGGAAAUCUGUGGGUAUGGCUGCGCAGACCAUUUUCAUGAAUCGGAUACAUUGCUCCACUGUUUUGAAGUUCUCAAGAAGCUUCUAGAAUCUCCCAUUACCCAAGACAUUAUUUGUGACGUGGGAAUGCCCAUCAUGCAUCGCAAUGUACGCUACAACUGCCGGGUGAUUUUUCUCAACAGACAAAUCCUACUGAUUCGACCAAAGAUGCUGAUGGCCAACCAUGGCAUCUACAGAGAGAUGCGUUGGUUCUCACCCUGGACAAAGUUUCGGACAGUUGAGGAAUACUUUCUGCCAAGAAUGAUCCAGCAGGUCACCGGGCAGGAUACAGUCCCAUUUGGAGACUGUGUGCUCUCUACCAAGGAUACCUGUAUUGGGACUGAGAUGUGUGAAGAGUUAUGGCAUCCCUCUAGUCCUCAUAGUCAGAUGGGUCUUGAUGGAGUUGAAAUCUUUACCAAUUCCUCUGCAAGCCACCAUGAGCUCCGCAAAGCAGACCAAAGAAUCAAUUUGAUCAAGUCUGCAACCCUCAAGAGUGGCGGUAUCUACUUGUAUGCAAAUCAGAGGGGUUGUGACGGAGACAGACUGUAUUAUGAUGGUUGUGCCAUGGUGGUUGUCAAUGGGGGCAUUGUGGCGCAUGGAGCACAGUUUUCUUUAACUGAGGUGGAGGUGAUCACAGCCACUCUGGAUCUAGAGGAUGUGCGCUGCUAUAGAGGAGAGUCUUGUCAGCUUCAGCUGGGAAGUGAAUUCAAACCAUGCUAUAGGAUCAAAGUUGACUUUUCUCUAUCCAGUAAUGAUGAUGACAUCUUCCUCCCCACCCACCAAGCGAUAACAUGGCACUUGCCUACGCCAGAAGAAGAAAUCAGCCUCGGGCCAGCUUGUUGGCUAUGGGACUACCUAAGGAGGAGUGGACAGGCAGGCUUUCUGUUGCCUUUGAGUGGAGGAGUUGAUAGCUCUUCUGUUGCCUGUAUUGUCUACUCUAUGUGUGUGCUGGUUUGUCAGGCAAUAGAAAAUGGCAAUAACCAGGUACUGGAAGACGUUCGCAGGUUAAUUGGGGAUGACACGUACUUUCCUCAGCAGCCAAGAGAGCUCUGUGGUCAUAUCUUUACUACUUGCUACAUGGGCAGUGAAAACUCAUCAGCAGACACAUGCGACCGUGCCAAAAAGUUGGCCAGUCAGAUUGGGAGCACUCAUAUGAACAUUAAUAUAGACAUGGCAGUAAAAGGCAUUCUGGGUAUCUUCUCAAUGGUUACUGGAAGGUGGCCUCAAUUCCUCGCCAAUGGAGGGAGUCACAGGGAAAACUUGGCGCUGCAGAAUGUGCAGGCAAGGGUAAGGAUGGUCCUGGCUUAUUUGUUCGCCCAACUGAGUCUCUGGAGUCGAGGAAAACCAGGGGGCUUACUGGUGCUUGGCUCAGCCAAUGUAGAUGAGAGUCUGACAGGUUAUUUUACAAAGUAUGACUGCUCAAGUGCUGACAUCAACCCUAUUGGAGGGAUUAGCAAAAAUGACCUGAAGAGUUUUCUUCAGUACUGUGUUCAGCAAUUCCAGCUCACAGCUCUUAGAAGCAUCCUGGCUGCUCCACCCACUGCUGAACUGGAGCCUCUGACUAAUGGACAGGUGUCGCAGACAGAUGAGGCUGACAUGGGGAUGACCUACUCCGAGUUAUCAGUAAUUGGACGCCUAAGGAAGAUCUCCAAAUGUGGACCUUAUAGUAUGUUCUCUAAACUCAUUCAGAUGUGGAAGGAUGUGUUGUCACCCACAGAGGUUGCAUACAAGGUUAAGCGCUUCUUCAGGAUGUACUCGAUGAACCGCCAUAAGAUGACAACAGUGACUCCAUCCUACCAUGCUGAGAGCUAUAGCCCUGAUGACAACCGCUUUGACCUUCGUCCUUUCCUCUACAACACACGCUGGAACUGGCAGUUUCAGUCUAUUGACCGUGAGAUAUCACAGAUGUCAACAAAAAUGCACUAGUACUAAGGUGUUCAUUCCUAAAUAAUAUUUGUGCAUGUCAAAAUAGUACACAUUUUUUGGGUUGGUUUGUAUUAAAUUCCAAACACAAUACAGUACAGGAAUUAACUGCAUCGGCAUUUUCUUUUGUUUAAUUAACCCCAAAUGGUUAAUAUUGUUUGGAACACUUCAGAAUUCAGCCUGCUGCUUUUGUCAGUCGUCACAUCAUUAAAUACAAGUGAAUCAACUCCAUCGGCAGCCAUACCUGCCACAACCAUGCUUCAUUAAUAUGGUGGUAUUUCAGGGUCAUAAAUAUUGUGACAGGGACACAAUUAAAAUUUUCUGGCAUCCAAACACCGUCACAUUGUAUUUGAAAUGAUGUGCUUUGACGACAGACUCUCAGUUUUAAUGUGAGGGUAUUUAUAUCCAAAUCGAGUGAAUGGAAUGGGAAUUACAUUUUUUUUUACAGUUUUUUUUGCGGUUCUCCCGCUUUUUAAGGGGCCAUAAGUUAUGGGGCAAGUUGCUCGUCAGCUUUAUCAUGGCCAGGUGGCAGGGCAGGUACUACAGGGCAGUUGGUUACCUUCUAUUCUAAUGAUAUGACUGCUGACAAAAGCACCAGGAUGUAUUUUGAAGUGUUGAGGUGAAUAUCUGCUCAUAUUCAGACAUCUUUGGAACUGAUUUGACAGUGUUUUGCAGUGCAAAUGUUCAAUGACCCAAAGCAUUCUCCAAAGGUAACCACAGUCAUUGACUGUAAGUAAAAAAAAAGUAGAAUGUUAUGCAAUGGUCAAGUCAAUCACCUGACCUGAAUCCGAUUGAGCAUGCAUUUACUUGCUGAAAACAAAACUGAGAAAAAACAGAAACUGAAGACAUUUGCAGUAGAGGCCUGGCAGGCAUCACCAGUGAUGAAAUCCAGCAUCUGGUAAUGUGUAUUUCAGACUUAAUUGACUGCAAGGGAUUUGCAACCAAAUAUGAGGAAAAUAAAAGUUUGAUUUACCAUUUACCAGCAUACACUGUAGAUGUAUGUACAUCGUUCACCCUCAAAUAAAGCUGAAAGUGCGGUUAAA